GACGGCAUUUAGUUUUACACCGCAUUACAGUUUAUUGGUGACAUUCGUUAGAACAGCAUCGCAUGAUGCGUAUUCUCUUUAUAUCUUAUUUAACAAUUUUAACGUUCAACAAUGUGAAUUGUUCUCGUAUACUGGCUCUUUUUCCGCACACCGGCAAAAGUCAUCACAUGGUCUUCGAACCACUAUUAAAGACGUUAAUCGAGAGAGGCCACAAUGUUACCGUCGCGUCAAUAUUCCCUGUUAAUGUACCACCAGAAAAAAUCACAGAAAUUAGUCUCAAAGGCAUCGCCGAGGAGGGAGUGGAGACAAUAGAUCUAGCUGAGUAUAGUGAAAGAAAUGUAUUUCUAAGAUUAAUAGGCCUAGACGAUAUUGUUCAACAAAUAGAGUGUCUAAGUGUGCUCGCCGAUAUGGCGUUGGACACAUGCACUAAACUGAUGAAUUGGCCAACUCUGAAGAAAGCAUUGAGGAAUGAAUACGAUGUAGUGCUGGUGGAGAAUUUCAAUACAGACUGCAUGCUCGGACUGUUGCAUGUUUAUGAAAUAAAAGCGCCGGUUAUCGCUUUGUUAUCGAGUUAUUUGAUGCCCUGGUCAGCAGAACGCAUCGGUCUCACCGAGAAUUUCUCGUAUAUGCCAGUAUUAACAUCCGCAUUUAAAAACCCAAACACAUUCAUAGAGCGAUUGGAAUCUACAGUUAUGAAUUACUAUUUCAAAUUCUGGUACCGAUACGCAAUUCAAAUAAAAGAGCAAGAGAUAAUUGAGAAGUAUUUCGGUAGAAAAAUCGUCGACUUAAAUGAUCUAGCAAAAAAUACUACAUUGAUGAUGAUGAACACGUUCCACAGUUUGAACGGCGUGAAACCUUUGCUGCCUGGCUUAGUGGAAGUAGGGGGCAUGCACGUAGAUGAAACAAAAAAAUACAUACCACCCUACAUUGAAAAAUUCCUGAACGAGUCGGAACAUGGUGUCAUUCUGUUAAGUUUCGGUUCCCUCAUAAAGACAUCCACGAUACCAAAAUAUAAGGAAGAAAUUAUAAUAAGAGUCCUCUCUAAGUUCAAGCAAAGAGUCAUAUGGAAAUAUGAGGACAGCGACGAGGAAGGCACUCUUGUGGGAAACAUAUUAAAAGUUAGGUGGAUACCGCAGUAUGAAUUGUUAAAACACAAAAAGGUUCUCGCGUUCAUAGGACACGGUGGUCUCCUCGGAAUGACGGAAGCGGUAUCCGUCGGGAAGCCAAUGGUGGUGGUGCCCUUCUACGGAGACCAGCCAACCAACGCAGCGGCCGCGGCAUCUAUUGGCUUUGCCAAGAAGAUAUCGUACGCUGACAUCAACGAUGAUACUCUUUUUGAAGCUGUCCAAAGCGUUUUGAGUGCUGAAAUGCGUUUGAGCGCUCGCCUCGUGUCCAAAAUGUGGCAUGACAGACAAUCGAAGCCCUUAGACACAGCAGUGUACUGGGUGGAACGUGUAAUCCGGUGGGGACAUAAGGACCCACUCCACUCUCCAGCAAGGGACCUGAACUUCAUCCAGCUCUCACUGCUGGAUGUUGGUGCUGCGCUUGCUGUGAUCCUUAUCGUAUUAGUUUUAAUUUUAAAAGCAAUUCUAUUGCUUAUAUUACGCGUUAUAAAAGUUAGUUUCAAUGUUAAUGUAAAGGAAAAGAAACAUUAGGGUAUUCAUCAUGUCGUUUAUAGAUUUUUUAUCAAUUUAAAAAAAAAUUAAAACCAUUAACGGUUUAAAAAUAAUAAUCGAAAACUGAGUGUCACAAAUAGGUAAAUAGUUUUUUACUGCCUACUUAAAUAGUACAGUAUUUGAUUGAAUAUAUAUUAUAUUCCUCGAACACAAUUUUAGAUAACCUCUAAAUGUAUGUAAUAAAUACAUUAAAUUUACCAUUGAUAUAUAAUUGGCCUCAAAGAUUCUAAGGCGCAGGGCGCGUUUGUUACUUUUAUAUAAACAUAACUUUGCUCAUAAUUAGUCAACAAAAAAAAAACAACAAUAAAAAUAAAAAAAUUAACUAUA